GGUAAUGUAGAAGUGCAGCUUUAGUUUAGCAUUGUUGGAUGUGCCAGCUCCAGUUCUACUUAAUGUGGAUUACACGUGCUGGUGUGAAUGUAAUUGUAAGGCAGGAGAGGAAGAUGACAGCUCUCAUCCUAGUGCUGUUUCUGUUCUGUGGUGUCUCUGUGUCUCUGACUCUGAAGGUGGUGUCAAAGAGAGGCUCAGUGGAUGGCUGCACUGAUUGGUCCGUGGACUAUCUGAAAUACCGAGUGUUACAUGGGGAGCCAGUGCGGAUAAAGUGUGCUCUGUUUUAUGGUUAUAUCAGAGCCAAUUACAGCCAGGCCCAGAGUAUUGGACUAAGUCUGAUGUGGUACCGUAGUUCUGGGCUGGGUCAUGGUGACUUUGAGGAACCCAUCUCUUUUGACGGGGUACGCAUGAGCAAAGAGGAAGACGCUAUCUGGUUUCGACCAGCUGAGCUGCAGGACGGCGGUCUUUAUUCCUGCGUGCUGAGGAAUUCCACAUUUUGUAUGAAGGUGUCAAUGACUCUGUUGGUUGCUGAUAAUGACACAGCGAGCUGUUAUAACUCAAAACUGCGCUAUAGUGAGAAAGCAGAACUGGGCAAGAGUAAAGACAUUACCUGUCCUGAUAUCCAAGAUUAUACUCAGCCUGGAGAGAAGCUGCAGAUAACAUGGUACAAGGAAUGUAACGUACAGCAGUGGAGAAGCAAUGUACUACAGACUGCAGACACACUAUCUAUACAGGAAGUGAGGGAGGAUGACAUUGGCAACUACACCUGUGAACUUGUUUUCGGGGGGUUCCAGGUGCGGAGGACAACCGACCUGAGUGUGACAGCUCCUCUGACUGAAGAGCCCCCCAGGAUUCUGUUCCCCUCUGAAAACAAGCUCCUCACAAUGGACGUGCAGCUCGGAAGCAUGCUGAACCUGACAUGCAAAGCUUUCUUCGGGUACAGUGGUGACAUCAGUCCACUUGUGUACUGGAUGAAGGGGGAGAAGUUCAUUGAGGACAUGGACCAGAGUCGUAUUCGAGAGAGCGAAAUCAAGACCAUCAGAGAGCACUUGGGCGAACAGGAAGUGUCCAUUACUCUAACCAUAGAUUCACUGGAGGAAGGAGAUCUGGGGAAUUAUUCCUGUUAUGUGGAAAAUGGCAAUGGGAGACGACAAGCCAGUUUACAGAUCGGAAAACGAGAGCUGAUGUACACUGUGGAGUUGGCUGGUGGAUUGGGUGCGAUUCUGCUGCUGUUGGCCUUGUUAUUGUCUUUAUAUAAGUGUUACAGAAUUGAGCUGCUGCUCUGCUACAGGCAUCAUUUUGGAGGGGAGGACACAGAUGGAGAUAAUAAAGAAUAUGAUGCAUACCUGUCCUACAGUAAGGUAGAGCUGGAUCAGUGGGGUCAGGAAUUACAGGAGGAGGAGCGCUUUGCUCUUGAGAUCCUCCCGGAUGUCCUGGAGAAACACUACGGCUACAAACUCUUCAUCCCAGACCGAGAUCUAAUCCCUACCAGCACAUACAUAGAGGAUGUAUCCCGCUGUAUAGACAUGAGCAAACGUCUGAUCAUCGUUCUGACCCCGAGCUACGUGCUACGCCGCGGAUGGAGUAUAUUUGAGCUGGAGUCUCGUCUGCGCAACUCUCUGGUUUCAGGGGACAUUAAAGUGAUCUUAAUUGAGUGUGCUGAUCUGCGAGGAGUCAUUAACUACCAGGACGUGGAGGAGUUAAAACAAUCCAUUAAAUGCCUGAGUGUGGUGCACUGGAACGGCCCCCAGAGCAACAAGCCCGGCUCACGUUUCUGGAAGCAGCUCCGCUACACCAUGCCCUACCGCCGACCCCAGCAAACCCUCACCAACCACACGCUGGACGCCAGCGAACCCGGCCCCUUCGCCGACCUGCAGACCGUCUCGGCCAUCUCCAUGGCGACAGCGACAUCCGCCGCCAUGGCUCCAGCUCACCCCGAGCUGCGGCCAUCUCUGCGGAGCUCGUACCGCUCGCAUUCGCUGGCACGCCAGAAACACUCGUACUACCGCAGCUACGACUACGAGCUGCCCUUCACGGCCGGAGGCACGCUGCCACCGCAGCACACCUACUGCAAUCUGCCCCUCACCCUCCUCAAUGGGCAACGGCCCGUCAACAACAAGACCCUGCGGCAACAUAGCCUGGAUGAGCACCACGGCAACAACGUGAUGCUCCCACUGCUGCCUAGAGAGACAAGCAUCUCCAGCGUGAUCUGGUAAUACCAAGAGCAAGACAGCGAACAUACCCAGUUUGGGCUGAUAUAGCCAGGUUAUGUUACUCCAGACCUGGCUCACAGGAGACUAAAUAAGAUGAUGUCACUUGCAUACAGCACAGAACACACUGAGGUUAGUGAGUUCUUGUGAGCAAAAUGAUAAUUCUGUCAGCGGUAAGUGGGUUUGAGGAUGUGUUAGCCACUAAAUCUUCUUUUGGGCAUUGCUCCAGCAGCAAGUGAUUACAUAGUGCCAUACCAGUCUUAGCUAGCUGGGGCUGUUGGCGUGAACUGAGAAUACAAAGUCACACCACACAGAGGUAUACAGGGUCUUGUGUAAAUGUUAGCAUUAUAUUUGUAGCACCACUGUCUUCCUGUCUCCAUGUUCAGUUUGAUCAUGCCGUCUUUAUUUUUAACACUCUAUGCUUUUUUUACCUCUUUUUUUAGGUUAGAGAUGGACAUUUGAUUGAGAUUUGUUUUGUCGUUAUCUGCCUUUUUUUAAAUGGACUUAAAAUAGUCGUUGUUUGAUUCUACUAAUGUCAUUUUGCUUGAAAGCUACUACCUUUUGUUCUGUCUCUAUUUCUGUUGUCCAAUGUUAAGGUAUGUAUUUAUGGUUUUAAUUGCAAAAUUUUUAAGGAAAUAUAUCACAAAUUAUGCAAAAUAUAUCAAUCUUAAAGGGGUUAAUAGAGGUGGUCAGAGAGUGGUGCUUUCUUCUUUCAGCCGAUGUGCAAAAGGAACAGCACCCUUUCUCAAAUUCUGAAGGGGAUUUUAAAUGACAAGAAAUCUAUUUUUAUAACUGAAGAGUGCUGAUUCUCCCUAAUACCACAUGGUCACUGGGACAAUGGGACUGAGGACUCCUAUAUGUGAAUCUGGGUAUUUUCUACAGUUUGUUACAUUGUUCUCAUUUGUGAAAAAAAAAAAAAAAGAGAGAUGUUAUGAAACAAUAAUCAAUUGCAUUUUUAUGUUUUGUUUUGUUUUUAUGUUGAUUACGAUCUUUCACUUAUUGAUAGUUUAGGACUUUUGGCCCACCGACAGACCUUUUCAGCUUCUUUCACAUUUCUAAUCUGUUUAACUCUCAGUCUAAUAUCUUAACUCACAGGUUAAAUGCUUGUCUUUUUCUCCUCUAGCUGCUGUGUAACUCAAUACAUGCUGGCAUGUUUCAUAGAGGAACACAGACCUGCAUACUUGCAUUCUCGUUUAGAGUGUAAAAUUUAAAAACUCUGCUUGAAUACAUACAAUGUGAUUCAAUACAUUCCCAAAGUAAACAUUAUAUAUUUGUUGUAUCUUUCCUAAUGGCAGCAUGUACUGACUCUAAAGGGGAAAAACACAAAGCUAGAAUCACAAUGUCAGAAUCAAGAGGAUUGAAAGUAAGAGGUCUAACUAUAUAAAACAAAAUUGAAACUAUUCCAUUAUUUGCUUUCUGUCUUUCUUUGUUUUGUUUUUUUACAAAUUCAGUUGCAAAAAAAAAGUUGUUUAUGAAAUAAUUAGAAUUGUGUAUGAAUGUUUACCUCUUGAGUAUGCAUAGAGACUAGUUGUGUAUUCUGAUUUGAAUAUUUACUGUAUUAUGAACAACGGCUAUCACAGAGAGAAUGUGGAAUCUCUCUAAAGGCACAAUCAUUUUUCUUUUUAUAUUGUUUCUCACUGUGUACAGUAAAGUCAAAAACCACUAGAAACUAGUCAGUGAAAUUGUGUGCUUUUGCUUGGUUGGAAAUAUUAGGCCUGGAAUUAAGCCUGAGAGGCUUCUCUGUACGCAACACACUGGGUAACAGCCAAAAGGUGAGUUGCUAACAUCUUGAGCAAGUUAUUUAAUACUAAAUAUUGCAGUUGAAUAGGCAAAACCCCUUUCAUCAAACUGAUUCCUUGGUAUAUGACCUCCUUUUUAAAUAAA